UUAGCCGUUAAUUGGUAUUCAUCCUUCUGCUGAUCGUUUAUUUACCUCUCAGCCCCGCCCCAGACCCGGGGCCCCCUGCUGGCUCCCUAGCACCCUGACAGUAGGUGAAGGGAGGGACUUAAUCUGCCUUGUUUAUCCCUUCCACGUGUUUCUCUCCAUGUGGCUCCAAGGGGGCGUAGCUAACCAGCCCGGAGUCAAUGAUUGGUGCUGGGCAUUCGGAAGGGGCGUGGUCAGGUUGGUACCCGCUCCCGGGCCAGGUUUAAAUGGACUGGGAGGGGCCGCUUGAGUAGCGUAGCUGCUGUUCUCCCUGGGCUGUGACUCAGGUAAGUACCGGCCCUGUAGGGGUUGUGUCUCUGCUGUGCUUGGGGCUCAUAGCUGGGCUUGUCUGUGUCCAGUUCUGAGCUCCCCUGGGAUCCUGGGCUUUUCCCUCCUCCAUGGGCUAGAGAUGGGAGAUUUCCACCCUCCCAUGGGUGGGGAGGGGGAAGUACCUGCUACGAUGCCUCUGGCAGGAGGGUGCUUUCUUCGCAGACCUAGUAGUCCAUCUGGCCUAGGAACAGGCUAAUUGUGGCCUGACACCUGCUCAUUGACUUCCUGAGUGAGGAACUACAGCUGUUCCCUUCACCCCUCCCCUCUUAGCUCUCCUGUCCUGGCACGGCCCAGAGCUCAGCCAGGGGCCCUCCCACAAUGAUGCAGGUGCUGUGAAUUGGGCUGAAGGGCAGUCACAGGAGGCUACUGUUCUUGCAGGAUCACUUGCUAGAUGGCAUUCUGUGCUGGUUACUUGGCAGUUCAGAGGGCCUGGUUGCUGCUGGGUAGAGUGACCAGAUGUUCCUAUUUUAUAGGGACAGUCCUGAUUUUGGGGUCUCUUUCUUAUAUAGGCUUCUAUUACCCACCCACAGCAGUAGGGUGACCAUUCAGAGGUGUGUGUGUGAUACAACUUCCUCCAGGAGCUGUCUUGUAGCCAACAAUGCUCAGGCGGCCUGGUCAGUGAUCAAAAACUCUCCUAGCCUAAUUGCCUCUGGUACCUAUGUUUGUGGGGACCAGCGACCUCCAAGCAACUCUGCUCACUCUACCUUCCCUGUUCAGUUAGAAACCUGGUCCCCAAUUAAACCUGUACUUGGCAAUAAACCUACAUCCUUACUAGCUUGAGGUGGCUCUGGGUGGGACAGAGCUGAGCAUGGUCCUGGGGGGAGAGGGGCUGCAUGGGGGCAGGGAGCCUGUCUAAAGCCCUCUCUGUCAUAGAAACCAGCACCAUGGGGAAAGAGAAAAUCCACAUCAACAUCGUGGUGAUCGGCCAUGUGGACUCCGGGAAAUCCACCACCACCGGGCACCUCAUCUACAAGUGCGGGGGCAUUGACAAGAGAACCAUCGAGAAGUUCGAGAAGGAGGCGGCUGAGAUGGGUAAGGGAUCCUUCAAAUACGCCUGGGUGCUGGAUAAGCUGAAGGCCGAGCGGGAGCGUGGAAUCACCAUUGACAUCUCCCUGUGGAAGUUCGAGACCACCAAGUACUACAUCACCAUCAUCGAUGCCCCUGGCCACAGAGACUUCAUCAAGAACAUGAUCACCGGCACCUCUCAGGCUGACUGUGCGGUGCUGAUUGUGGCGGCGGGUGUGGGAGAGUUUGAAGCUGGCAUCUCUAAGAAUGGGCAGACCCGGGAGCAUGCCCUGCUGGCCUACACGCUGGGGGUGAAGCAGCUCAUUGUUGGGGUGAACAAAAUAGACUCCACGGAGCCCCCUUACAGUGGCAAGCGCUACCAGGAGAUCACCAAGGAAGUGAGCACCUACAUCAAGAAGAUCGGCUACAACCCAGCCUCUGUGGCUUUCGUGCCCAUCUCUGGUUGGCAUGGGGACAACAUGCUGGAGGCCAGCGCCAAUAUGCCUUGGUUCAAAGGCUGGAAGAUCACUAGGAAGGAUGGGAAUGCUGCAGGCACCACUCUCAUGGAAGCUCUUGAUUCCAUUAUCCCUCCUUCCCGCCCAAUUAACAAGCCACUCCGUCUGCCCCUGCAGGAUGUCUACAAGAUUGGUGGAAUCGGAACGGUCCCAGUGGGCCGCGUGGAGACUGGCUUCAUGAAGGCCGGCAUGGUUGUGACUUUUGCCCCCACCAAUAUUACCACGGAGGUGAAGUCGGUGGAAAUGCACCAUGAGGCUCUGGCAGAGGCGCUGCCGGGUGACAACAUUGGGUUCAACGUGAAGAACGUGUCUGUGAAAGACAUCCGGCGUGGGAACGUGGCCGGAGACAGCAAGAACGACCCUCCCAUGGAGGCUGGCAGCUUCACCUCUCAGGUCAUCAUCCUGAACCACCCGGGCAAGAUCGCCGCUGGCUACUCCCCAGUGCUGGAUUGCCACACUGCUCACAUCGCCUGCAAGUUUGCGGAGCUGAAGGAGAAGAUCGACCGCAGGUCUGGCAAGAAGCUGGAGGACCAUCCCAAGGCACUGAAGUCCGGGGAUGCUGCCAUUGUGCAGAUGAUUCCUGGCAAACCCAUGUGUGUGGAGAGCUUCUCGGAGUACCCACCUCUUGGUCGCUUUGCUGUUCGUGACAUGAGACAGACGGUGGCCGUGGGGGUGAUCAAGGGGGUAGAGAAGAAAGCCAGUGCAGCUGCCAAAGUCACCAAGUCAGCUGUGAAGGCCAGUAAGAAAUGAAGACUGGGCAGCACCAAAACCCAACAGGCAAAAUCACCGUCUGGACUGACUUGUACAGCACUGAGCCUCAGCAAGUGGCACUGGCCGAGCCAUGGGUGGGAUGGGUCUGCCUGACCCCUUGCACUUUAACUUUUCUAACUGUCCUCAC